AUGACUACCACGUCGACUACGCCGCACAUCUACAGGUCCAAAGACCCUGCCCCGGUGAUCCCAACAGAGAUGUCGAUAUGGCAGGUGUUUCUGGAAUACAAUCCAGAUCUAGUCCCGGACAACAAGGAUGACGGCCAGGAAACAGAGGUUCCUCUGGCAUACGUCAAGCUGAAGCCGCAUAUUGCCAAACACGGGAUCCCUCAGACACUGCAGCAUAUUAGGGCCUUUAUGGAUGGCCGUGGGUCCUCGUAUGAGAAACCACGCGGCGGUGUUCACCACCUUGAGGCCAUUCCGAAGAAUCCCACUGGCAAAGUCCUUCGGCGUCUCCUACCCGCUCGGAUAGAGCUGGACGCCAAAUAUGCUCAGUUGAAGAGGAGAAAGGGGAAGGUGUGA